UAAUGGAGACAUAAACACUAUUACAUCAAUUAGUAAAGCAAGCAUUUCCAGAUUCAAUUGAGGAUAGUACAUUAAAUAACUAUAAAACCUAUUUUUUGAGAAUUCUAAAUGUACGAACAGGUAUUUAAUUGAUGGAUGAAUCUGAACUCCAGGCAGAGAUGACUAAAAUGACUAAUGUAAUAUCAUAUCUAAACAAAAGAAAUCAUAAGCAUAUAGAUUACAAGAUUGUUUGAAUCGAUUGAGCAAAACGAGAUUAAGAAAAAAGAAUGAACUAAUUCAUUUCCUCUUUCGUACAAGUCAACUAGGCUAAAAUAAUAGUUAUACAAAUUAAACUUUAGACACUUUAUUUAAAUCAUAAGAGAUCUCUUAAAUAAAUUAUUCCUAAACUAUACCUAAGAAAAUUAUAGAAGAGAGUCCUAAAAAUAAUGAUUAAUUGAAUAUUAUUCAAUAAAUUACUGAUAAAGGAAAUGUAACUCUAUCUAUUACAGAAAAAGAUUUGAUUAAAGAUUUAAUAUUUAGUAUAUAAGGUAUAGAAAGUUAAUUCAUAUGUUAUGAUCCAAUUAAUGAUUCAUUUUAAGUGAAAAAAGAUAUAGCAAUUAGUUCUGCGAGUAGAAAAUUACUUAAUGUUAUGUGUGAAUGUGGUUGGUUAUUCAAAAAAAUAUAAACAUUCACAUAAUCAAAUUAUAAUAGUUUAGUAUUGUAAGCAUUAUAGAAUUCCAUUAAAGAAGAAUUAAAUGAAUAUUACAGAUUGAUUGCAUAUUUUGAAAAUCUUCUAGCAGAAUCUACCUUAACAUUAAGAAAAAUGUAUAUGUGGUUGAAAUAGCCAAUGCAUCAUUUAGUUUAAAUUAAUUUAGUUUUAUCCUAAAUUUUGACUAAUGUUUAAUUAGGAACUACAUCUUCAUUAGUGAUUUCUAUUCUCUGUAGAUAUUCAAAACAUGGUUGUCCAUAAACAUCUUAAUUAUUUUCUAGAAUAUUACAUUAAACAACUAUUCCAAUUGUUAGAUUUAUAAAUUAAUGGAUUUUUGAUGGAUCUUUAAGUGAUUAAGCAUAAGAAUUCUUUAUAGAAAGAAAUGAUUCUAAUAAAAUAUAAAUAAGAGAUAGUGGAGAAUUGUGGAAGAAUGAAUUUAAAGUUAAUCAAGAUAAAAUACCUUAUAUGAUAUCUUUGAAUGAUUCUUAUAAAAUAUUUGAUACAGGUAGAGUCAUUAAUUGGCUUAGAAAAUAGAAGAAAUUUACAUAAUUCAAUUAAAAUUAUGAUUUAAUAACUAUUGAUCUACUUGGAACAGAAUAAUUUUCUCUUUUUGUUGAUUAAGUCAAUAAGGAAUAUAACAAAUAAUUAAUUUAAUUGAUUAAACCAAACUUUAAAAUUACUCUUAAUGCAAUUAAAAGAUUCUUAUUAUUAGGUUAAGGAGAAUUUAUACAUACUUUAAUGGAAUUAUUAUAAACAGAAUUAAAUAAACCAGCAUAAUAAUGUUAUAGACAUACUUUAUUAAGUAUUUUAGAAUCAGCAUUCAAAAAUAUAUCAUAAGAGGUUAGAUUAAAUGUUAAACUUCUUGAACCUUCCUAAAAUGAUACUGGAUGGGAAAUAUUCUGUUUAGAUUAUACUAUAGAUGAACCUUUGAAUACAAUUUUUAAUUAGAAAAUUAUGUUAUCAUAUUAUAGAAUAUUCAAUUUUUUAUGGAGAAUAAAAAGAGUUGAAUUUACAUUGACUUAAUGUUGGAAAAUGCAUUAGAAAUUUAUGGCAAUUCCUAAUUAAUUUUAAACUAUAAAAAAAGCAAUUUAAUUAAGUUAUUAAAUGAUGAAUGAAAUGCAACAUUUUAUUAAAAAUUUCUAUAGUUAUCUAAUGUUAGAAGCAAUAGAAAGUUCUUGGAAAAAGUUUAUUGAUGAAUGUGAUAAAAUAUAAGAUUUAGAUGGUUUAAUAAAAAUACAUGAAUUAUUCAUUUCUGAUAUAUUAGAUAGAUCAUUCUUAAAUACUAAAGGAGAAUCAACAUAAAAGUUGUUAUUCAAAUUAUUUGAUUAUAUAUUCAGAUUUAAGAGUUGUCAAGAAUUACUUUUAAGUUAUGCCAAAGAUUAAAUUUCUUAAACAGAUAAUUAGCAAUUAUAAUUGAAGAAUUUAUUAAAUAAACAAUAAAAUAUAAGUAGAUUAAAUCAAAAUAAAAAUUAAGAUAUUAUAAAGUCUUUAUUGGAAUUGAGGAAAUAAUAUAGAGAUUAAAUGUUUGAAUUACUUGAAAAACUUAAAAAGGAAGAUAGAUUAAAAUUCCUACAUUUCAAAUUAGAUUUUAAUGAAUAUUAUUUAGGAAUCUAAGAAUCCAAAUUAUUUAAUUAGGAUUUAGAGAGGUAAUUAUAUAAAUAAAUAAUAUUUAUAGAUUUAUUGAAAAGUGUUUGCCUAAAGUUAAUGAAGUUUAAAUCUAACCUAAUAGAGUUCAAAGUACUAAAUAACUAAUAUAACCAUAAUAGCCAUAAUAAAGAACAUUCAAUACAAAUAUUGAAUUUUAAAAUGAAGUGAGAUCAGUUAAAGAAGGAUGUAAUAUAAUAUUUUAAACAUUUAGUAAGGCUAUUAGAUGAAUAAAGAAGAUAAUAAUUAUAAUUAAAGGAUUAAUUUAGUAAAUCUCCCUUGCAAAAGUCUCCAUUAUUGUAGAUUCCACCAACAAUGACUGAACAUGAAAAAAGAAAGAAUGAUGAAGAUUUAAGUUCAAGUGAUGAUGAUUGAG